AUUACCCUGUUGGUGACAGAAUAGAGAAGAAUUGGUGAAGUGUCAUUAUUUCUGUCGUUUUGUUGUGGUUAAGAUUUUUUUUUAAUCUAUGGUUGUGAUUGGCAACAUUGUUGGGGAAUUAUUGAUUUUUGGAAGAAAAUAGAGAAAUUAGGUUAGAUAUAAAAAGAACAAGGCUGAAAUUUGUCUAUAUUUUUCUAUUAUUGAUUACAAUCUUACAAUUUAUUACUGAUGUAAUUUCAGUUUGCUCAAUAGAAAUUUGUUUGAUCUUGAGCAGAUUUGAUUACAGUAUUUCAAUGGAUUACGAUUACCUUAUAAAAUUUUUAACUUUGGGAGAUUCUGGAGUUGGAAAAACAAGCUUUUUAUACCAAUAUACAGAUGGAUGUUUCAAUUCGAGAUUUAUCUCCACUGUUGGAAUUGAUUUUAGGGAAAAACGACUGCUACAUUCGUCAAAAGGAAAAAAUUACAGGAUACACUUACAGAUGUGGGACACAGCAGGACAAGAAAGAUUCCGAAGUUUGACAACGGCAUUCUAUAGAGAUGCUAUGGGAUUUUUGCUCCUAUUCGAUUUAACUAGCGAGCAGUCUUUUAUUGAAAUUCGGAGUUGGGUCGAACAACUCAGGUUACAUGCAUACUGUGAUGCACCUGAUGUAGUUUUAUGUGGAAACAAAUGUGAUCUAGAAGAUAAAAGAGUGGUAGCUGAGUGGAGAGCAAGAGAAAUGGCCGAAAAAAAUGGACUGCCUUACAUAGAAACCAGUGCUGCCACUGGACAAAACGUAUCUCAAGCAGUCGAAACUCUAUUGGAUCUCGUUAUGGUGCGAAUGGAGAACGCUGUAGAUUUGGGUGCACUCCCUGGUAGAAGGGGUAGAAGUUUGGGACCUGAUAACGUCGAUAUGUCUGCACCACCAUUACAAAAGUGUGCUUGUCAAAAAUAAACCUGAACUACCUCAAAUUCCCUAUGGAUAGAGCUGUCAAUGAUACUUUUGGAAAGCAUCUGGUUACCCACUUAGUUUCUAAAAAAGUAUUUGAAGUUACUUUAGGUAUCUGCUCAGAGUGGUUAUUCAUUCAAAAAAGGGAACUUGAACCCUUAUCUUGAGUCAAUUUUAUAAAUGCUAAAUGGGGAACUUUUUCAGUUCUUUUAAACAUGGGACUUUUAUAACAUAUUACCUAACACACAGAUUCUUUUCGGUAUCCAAGAUAUUUUCGGUGCCCAAGAUACUUUCUGGUACCCAAGGUACUUUCUGGGCUACAAGAUACAGAUCCUUUCGAGGAAUAUCUGAAAUACUAUUUAUUUAUUGCCAAAAUAAAAUGAAGUAAGAUACAGUAACUUAGAUACUUCAAAGUAACUAUGAUACUUUUUCCUGACAACUCUGCCAAAAGAUACCAUUGUAUCAAGAGUUACCUUUACUGUGUUACUACUGCUUUUAUAUAAAUUGUUAUAUGAAAUAUAUAUAUAUACAUAUAAAGAAGAAAUGUUAACAUAUAUAUUGUGAGUUCAAUAAAAAAAUAAGUGAGAAA